AUUAAUAUGAUGCCGUCCAAACACCCCGGUCAAAAAACAUGUGGACCUACGCAAUCCAUCACGGAAAAGAAAGAUAUGUAGGUAUUUCACUUUCAUGAUGAUAAAAACAAACACAUUAAUUAAAGUUUGGGUCAUGAAUUUCAGGAUAUAGACAGGCAUGGAUCAUCAUGAUGUGAAUAAUAGGUUGAAUUAUGACUGUAUAGGGGUAAAUUAAAUGGCCCUAUAUGCAUUGCACUUGCCUUUUGAGUUUUUGGACGAAGCGAAAAUGACGUCAUCGUAUUGGUAUACCGGAACUCCCUUAGCAAGUUCUUUUCUUCGUCAGCUGUGUAGUACUGGGCUAUGCUAACAUGCGUGUGUACUACUAGCUGUCUAUGGUAAAUUACUAAAACUACAUUGUCAUCGUUGUCACGUUGAUUCAGAGGACAAGUUCACAAGUUAUUUCUUCCAAUAAGAAAGGGACAAUAUUGUUGCAGUCCUGACACCUUAACAAACUCAAUGUUUUUUGCAGAUUUCACGAAGUGAAGAAUGCUGUAGACAUCAGCCAUGUUUGAUGAGAAUCGUAAAGUAUGGGUGCCCCAUCUAGAGCAUGGAUUCCAGCUCGGUAGAGUGAUUGAUAUUGGGGUUGAUGGUAUCACCGUUCAGCCUGUCGACUCAGGGAAGGCUGUGAGUGCAUCGUAUGAUCGAGUGUUCCCUGCAGAAGACGAUGAAGCUAAAUCAGUGGACGAUAAUUGUUCCUUGAUGUACCUUAAUGAGGCCACAUUGCUCAAUAACCUACGGCUGCGUUACAAGAAAAAUGGGAUCUAUACGUAUGUGGCAAACAUCCUCAUUGCUGUCAACCCAUACAAGGAGAUGGGAGACCUGUAUUCAUCUGGCAACAUAAAAAAAUAUCAGGGAAAAUCGCUGGGCACGUUACCACCGCAUGUAUUUGCUAUAGCUGAUAAAGCAUACCGUGAGAUGAUAACUUCUAAACAAAGUCAAUCUAUCAUAGUGAGUGGUGAAUCCGGUGCAGGCAAGACAGAAUCGACCAAGUAUAUACUCAGGUAUCUAACAGAAUCUCACGGGCAAAGUGCAGGGAUCAUAGAGCAAAGAAUCAUCGAAGCUAACCCACUCCUGGAAGCCUUCGGCAACGCCAAGACAGUCAGGAACAACAACAGUAGUCGCUUCGGAAAGUUCAUGGAAAUGCACUUUGGUGAUAAGCAUAAUGUCGUCGGGGGCUAUGUAUCCCACUACCUGCUCGAGAAGCCGCGUGUUUGUUGGCAGAACGUCGAGGAGAGGAACUAUCAUAUAUUCUACUAUCUCUGCGCCGGCGCCCCCGACGAUCUGCGCGCCAAGCUGUGCAUCAAAACCCCAGACGAUUAUCAGUACUUACGGAACGGAAUCACUCAGUACUUUGCAGGCAAAGAGUCUCAGAAGCAGCUGGAUCAGAAAGCAGACAGACAGAGUAAAGUGUACAAGAAGAAGGGAGCGCUGCAUGACAUCCAGGUGGACGAUUACCGCGGAUACCAGAGAGUCGUAGACGCGCUCAAGAAGAUCGGCCUCAAGGCCCAGGAGGAGUUUGACAUCCUGAGGAUCGUAGCCUGCGUCUUGCACCUUGGUAACAUCUCUUUCACAGGAAACGACAGUCAGGAAGGUGGAUGUAAUGUCUCACCAGAUGCCAAGGAGUCAUUGAAGUUUGUAGCCGGGCUCAUCAAAGUGGAUGGGAAUGAAUUGGAACAAUCUCUUACAUCUCGUACCAUGCAGGCUAGGGGUACCGUCAUCAAAGUACCACUGAAGAAGGCUCAAGCCUCCAAUGCCCGUGAUGCCUUGGCUAAAGCAAUCUACUCCCAUCUCUUUGAUCAUAUCGUAUCCCGCAUCAACGAUUGCUUCCCCUUCAAGUCCUCCGCUAACUUCAUCGGCGUCCUCGACAUCGCCGGGUUCGAGUUCUUCACUCUCAAUAGCUACGAGCAGUUCUGCAUCAACUACUGCAAUGAGAAGCUCCAGCAGUUCUUUAAUCGUAGAGUACUCAAAGAGGAGCAAGAAUUGUAUGAAAGGGAAAGUCUUGGUGUGAACACAGUUACAUAUGUGGAUAACCAAGACUGUAUAGAUCUGAUUGAACUGAAACCCAAUGGUAUUUUAGACCUGCUAGAUGAAGAGAGUAAAUUACCCAAAGCAAGUGCAAACAACUUCACUCACAAUGUACAUCAGAAACAUAAAUCGCACUUCAGGUUGGCUAUCCCUCGUAAGUCCAAGUUGACAGCUCAUCGUAACCUGAGGGAUGAUGAAGGUAUCCUUAUACGUCAUUUUGCUGGAGCUGUGUGCUAUCAGACCAGUGAAUUUAUAGAGAAGAAUAACGAUGCCUUGCAUGCUUCGUUGGAGGUUGUGAUAAGAGAUUGCAAAGAUCCGUUCUUGACCAGUCUCUUCCCGAUCAAGGAGCCUCCCAAGGGACGUGGCGGUCAGACUGUUCAGAAACUGGCCUUUGACAGUGUCGGAAACAAGUUCAAGGUACAACUCAACCAGUUAAUGGAGAAACUACAGAGUACUGGGUCUUCCUUCGUACGUUGUAUCAAGCCAAAUGGAAAGAUGGUGGACAAUCUGUUUGAAGGAGGUCAGAUUCUAAGUCAGCUGCAGUGCUCAGGAAUGGUGAAUGUCCUCGAGUUGAUGCAGGGAGGUUUCCCAUCCCGCACACAGUUCUCAGAUCUGUAUAAUAUGUACAAGCAGUACAUGCCACCGGAGUUGGUUCGUCUGGAUCCGAGGCUCUUCUGCAAGGCUCUCUUUCACGCCCUGGGCCUUGAUGAGAAUGACUAUCAAUUCGGCCUCACCAAGGUGUUCUUCAGACCGGGCAAGUUUGCAGAAUUCGAUCAGAUGAUGAAGUCUGAUCCAGAACAUCUCAAAGUCCUGAUCAAGAAGGUUCGACGCUGGCUCAUCUGUACACGUUGGAAGAGAGGACAGUGGGGAACAUUGAUGGUCAUCAAGUUGAAGAACAAGAUCUUGUAUCGUCGUGCUGCCCUGAUCAAGAUACAGAGUACCAUUAAGAUGUUUCUAGCGAUGCGCAAACACAGACCAAGGUACAAGAGCCUCAUGCAAGUCCACACACUCAGCAAGGAACUCAACAAGCUGGCCCAAGUUGCAAAGACAAUUAAAGACAAACAAGCUCAACAACAAGUCGCUGCGACUAGCAAGGCUUUAGAAGAUCUUAUUAUCAAGAUAAAGACGACCGUCAUGACCAGGAGACAGAUGGAGGACGCCUACCUAAACCUGUCCAAUCAGAUGAGGAAGCAACUCCUCGACCUGAUCAACAAGAAGAAAGCGGAGGACGCCGAGGCGGAGAGACUCCGCAAGAUACAAGAAGAGAUGGAAAGGGAGCGGAAGAGACGAGAAGAGGAAGAGAGAAAGAGGAAGGCCGAGAAAGAAGAGAGAGAAAGGAAGAAGAAGCAGGAGGAAGAAGAAAAGAGAUUGAAAGCAGAAAUGGAAGCAAAGCGCCUCAAGGAAGAGGAGGAGCUUCGUAUCCAACUAGAGGAAGAGAGGAAAAGAUUGGAAGCAGAGAAAAGGCAAAUAGAAGCGGACAGACAGAAGCUGGAGGAGAUGCAGCGACAAGCGGAAGAAGAUCAACGUAGAAGGGAGGAGCAGGAACGUCGGGACUAUGAAUUAGCCCAGCGUCUCUCUGAGGAGGCUAACUCCCAGGUGAUUGCGGAGGAAUCUCUUGUAGCUCGCGCUGAAGCGACUGUGGUUCAGGCUGCAGCACCGACCAAGUCACUUGACCUAACAACGUGGAAGUAUGCUGAUCUGAGAGAUACUAUCAACACAUCAACUGACAUCGUACUGCUGUCUGCCUGCAAGGAGGAGUUUCAUCGUCGUCUGAAGGUCUACCAUGCCUGGAAGAUGAAGAACAAGAAGGUUGCCCCUGGCAACAAGGAUGGCCCUGAAAGAGCUCCGCAAUCUAUCUUUGAUAGUGCGCAGCAGUAUAACCGGCUUGCCCCUCCCCCUAAGACUACGAAGGCACCCCCGACCAAUCAGAAUAUCCAGCGUUUCUUCAGGGUACCGUUCACCGUGACAGAAUCGGUGGCCCCGGGGCAGAUGCCCGAGAGGGGCUGGUGGUACGCUCAUUUUGACGGGCAGUGGAUUGCUCGUCAAAUGGAACUACAUCCAACCAAGGUCCCCGUUCUUCUUGUUGCAGGUAAAGACGAUGAGAACAUGUGCGAGAUGAGUCUCGAAGAGACGGGGCUUACACGGCGCCCAAACGCAGAGAUCGUCGAGCGCGAGUUUGAGGAGCCGUGGAAGCAGAGCGGCGGUCACGAGUACCACCUGACCGCGGUCCGCAACAAGCAAGCAAGGCCAAACUGGGCAACGCAGAGCUUGAAAACACGUUAACGCUUACCAACUUUCUUAAGCUUUGAAGUAGAAUCUGCACUCUCAUUCUUUCUCCUUUUUUUGUGUAUUGAAAUCAAAUGUUGUGAAUCAAAAUUAGUUUCUUCAUUUUAGGACUUUAUUCCAGUUUUGAGGUGCACUGGUUAACUUAUUGUUGAAUAAAAAUGGUAUAUUAAUGAACUAGAAAUACUUAUAAAGCCAUAUGACAGGUCAGUUCAGACUUAUAGAUCCAAUUGGACUUGAGGAUCUGAUAAGAUUAUGACAUGAAAAAUUUCAGAAAUAGCGAUGGCAGAGGCAUGAAUUUUAAUGGUGCAUACUUUCAAGUAUCCAUAUCAUUAUUUGGGGGGGUUUUAUGCAGUGAAUGUGUGUAGUAACAUGAAUGAAUUAUGUAUAAAUAAGAACAAUUUAUAGUUAAACUCCAAUCGAAGUUUGUGCAAGAAGGGCAUUGUAAUCUAUUCAUUGAUUCAUAUGCAAGGCUUGAUUUGUAAUGAACUAUUGCACCUUGAUAUUCACCGAAAGCAAAAAUUAGAUGAAUGCUAACAUUCCAGGAGAAAUUCGUGAAUCCAGAUAUGUUGUCGGACACUCCCAAAUCCCAUGCUUUAGGGGCGAGACUCGCUCCUUUGGAACUCUUGCUCAUCCCCCUGAAUCUCCUUCCAUCACUCCCACAUCUCCUCCUCACUCAUUUCAUUUAUAUCCACAAAAUUAAAAUAUAUACAAAGCAAUAUAAAUAUACAUUUUGAAAUAGUGGUGGACCAAAUGAAAGCUUAUCAGGCUUGUUUGGAUGGCCCAAAAUAACAUUCAUAAGCGCACAUAGUACGUAAUACAUACAUGUAAUACAUAAAACAGAAUACAUACGUAAUCAUAAAAAUACAUCCACAUGGCAUAAGACAGGACAGGAAAGAAAAAGGAAAGAAACGGUGAGGCUAACAUUAUUUGUCAAGAGAAAGGGGUUGCUGAGUGUAAAGUAAAUGUCGUUUGUAAUUAAAAUUGAAAAGUUGACAUGUCUUUGCUGUCUGAAGUUUAACAGAGAGAUUGUUCCACAGUAUAGGGCCCUGAUAAAAAAUGGUUGAUUUGGCUGGCUGUGACUCCUAUGUCACAGCCUAACUUGCUUGAAGGGCUUCAUUCUCCUUUGUAUUGGCAUACAUUUUGAAAAAUGGGGGGGGGGUUCCAUGACGAUAUACCCAAAACGUAGACAAGAUGGUAUUCAAGUCACAAGGAAUUAUGUACCCUACUUUAUCUUUGAAAAGGGGUCUCAAAGAUAUAUAUCCCAAAAAAUUGAUGUCGUUGGGGCAAGCAUUGUAGAAUGCUGGGAAAAUGAAGCGCAAGUUCCUAAUAUAUGCAUUCCAUUGGUUGACAGCCGUUGCGUUUGAUCGCAGCUCGUUUUGCAAUGGACACCUGUUCUGUAUUCACAGUGCAUUCCAAACAAACGGUGCAUUCCUUACAAACUUAUUUUUUUACUAUUGUAAUGAAUGCUACGGACCAGUAUUUUAUCAGGAGUGCAAGAAUGUAGUAUUAUUCACAAAUUUUUUUUUUUUAUUUCUAUACAUCAUUGCCCAAACGUUGGCCACAUUGGCCACAGAGGAAGUAUGAUAUACAAUUCUUUUUUCAUUUUUAUCAAGAUGAAAUGAAAUGAUGUUGGUAAGUUUGCCACGAAAGUACUGCAUUCCAUUAUCCAAAAACUAACUAUUUUUCAACAAUAAUUUACUCUCGAUUCCCUUUUUUGUUGUCACAGGUAUUUGGAAAAUUGCCAAACGAGGGCUUUAAGAAUCAUGAAAUUUGAUCAUGCAAAUCUUAAUCAUGAAAUUUAUGUUCUUACACAAGUUCAAAGUGCUAUUAUAUGAUGUAGUUUAAUACCACAGUCGGGCGUUGAUAUCAACAUAUUUAUUCUUCUGAUCACUUUCCAAUUGUUUUCUUAAAUGAAAAGUAAAAAAUGCUAAUAAUAAACAAAGUACACUUAUUCUCCCUCCCCUCCAACAGUAGAUAAAGAGUGAUUUGGACCUUUGGGAAAUUAUGUUAAAAAUAUUGGGUGUUAUUAUAUAGAACAUAAAUAUGGAAAUUAUAUACUCAGAAUGGUCGGGAUAGCUUCUUGAAUUUAUUUGAUGGUAGUUGGGACUCCAGCUCAUAAAGCUCCCUGACUACUCAAAUCAAAUAAAUUCAUAAACUUAAUUGCUUUGUUUACGUCUCUGACAAUUACAUUAAUAUAUUUAUAUAUAUAUCUAUUUUAUAUGAUUUCCACAGGAUCUCUGUCGAGUAU